UCUCGCGCCGGCCGCCGACAGGACAGCUGUUCAGUCAGAAUUUCUUUUCUCUCCGGUGUCAAAGAUUGCAUUGAGAAUCGCGUAAAUUUUCAGCUUUAGAAUAGAUUUGAUUUCGCAUGCUUCGCUAUGUCAUUUGUCACUAUAGCUGGCAUAUUUUGGUGGCACUGAAAUUGUUUGACAUUGUUUGCGCCUGAAAUGCACGAAGUGUGUUUAUCUGUAUACGUGGUAUAGGCCUAGAGUACUCGAGUCUGCGCGUACGUCAGUUUACGAUGUACAUGUACAUGUAGGCCUAGGCUACCUCAUGCUGAGUUGAUUACACGCUCCUGGACUCGCAGAGACGUCUUCAACACCAGUGUUUACAGCAGCUGGAGGCCCUACAUGUUCUUUGCAUGAACUGACUGAAUCAUGGAAGGAAAUGUAGAGCCUGAUGAUGCAGAUACUGCCAAACAGCAGCAGAGCCUGCAGUCCGUCGCUUACUUCUGGAAGGGCUUCCUGAGCAGCACCUCCCCCUACAGCUAUCCCAAUCUCAACACCAAGAAUGUGAUCAAGGUCUCCCUGGGCAGCAGACACUCUGCUUUCUUGACUGAUCAGCAUGCUGUCUACUGCUACGGGGCUGGGGAACUCGGUCAACUGGGCCACAAGAAGUUCUCUGACGUCACCAAGCAGCCCGUGCUCGUGCAAGACCUGAAGGGGGAGAACGUCAUCGAUGUGGUAUGCGGAGGCAACCAUACGGCGGUGCUGUGCUCAGACGGCAUUGUCUUCUGCUGGGGAGACUCCAGCAGCGGGCAGUGCGGGAUCGGACAGAUAGAGAAAACCAACGCCCCACAGCAGGUGCAGAUCAGCGACACCGAUUCCGACCCCAUCAUCACACAGAUCUCAUGCGGUGACUCACACACCUUGGCCUUGUCUAGCAGCACCGAGAUAUGGGCAUGGGGGACUGGACCGCAGCUGGGACUCGGGACGGGGUCAACACCAGUCCUGACCCCACGAAAGGUACAGGGCCUGGUUGGGAAGAAGGUGUUACAGAUAGCGUGUGGCUCAAACCACAGUCUGGCUGUAGUACAGAAAGUGCGCUCUUCCAAGCUGAGUGGCACCAGGCUGAGAGAUCUGGAUGAGGAAGGUUCUGGCACCAGUAGCCUCCAGCUGACAGAUGAAAUCUACUCCCUCCACGAGGAAGGGGACAUUGUCAUCAUAACGGACACAAGAACCACAAGCAGCUCUGUCGAAGAAAUGCCCUCGAUGAGAAGCUUCUCGCCUGACAGUAUCGAUGUUGCUGCAAGGCAAGCGGCCAAAAAGGACGAUGCGACCAAGAGUGAUUCCGAGGACUCCAAUAACAGCCAAGGUACAUACACAGUAGAUGAGGACAAAGGUCAAGAUGCACAGGCCGUGAAAGGGGAGCCAAUGGCCAAUGGGGAGGUUUUCCAUGAUCAGGCAGAUAGUGCCAGCACCCCAACCCCAACAAUUCGGUCAGAGCGACGACUCACUUUCACAGAAUCCUUUGACAGUGCAUCUGCAAAGAAGUACCUGGCACAGCAGUUGAAGCCCCUUCAGCUCUCAGAGCCUCCCAGACCAGCUGAGAGGACCUCCCCCAAGGACCGAAUCCUCGCCAGCCUACCGCAAGCUGUGGCCUCCAAGAUAAGCAAGCUGUUGAGCCCCGUCAGCCUGAGGUCCAAAUUCAGCCUGACUGAAGACGUCAACCAAGAGGAUAUUGAGGUUGAGGAGCUCAUGAGCUGCGGAUCCCAGCCCGAAUUGGGCAAGGGGUCCGACAUCAGGUUUUCACUGGAAGGUCCUUUGGAUGAUUCAACUUUGCAGACAGAGGUUUGGAGCUGGGGCAAGGGGGCCAAUGGACAGCUGGGUCAGGGAGACCCUCUUGACAAAGCACAACCCCUGGUUAUCAAGCAAUUGGCAAAUAAGGGUGUCGUCCGGGUGACCGCUGGACCGAGCCACUCGAUGGCCAUAACAAGCAGUGGUCAUGCUUACUCCUGGGGCAGCAACUCUGAUGGUCAACUUGGACACAAUGGUCAGCUCAUACCAAAGAGGAUUAAGAUGCCUAAUAAUGCCCUGGUAUGGGAUGCAGCUGCUGGAAGCACCCAUACUCUCCUGCUAGCAGAUGGGAACAGCUGCCAGCCAGACAUAUAUUAUCUAGGAAAACAACCAAGUCUCCAAGAGUUGAAGAGCGAAGGCCGUACCGGCACGCCGGAAAGCAGCCCCCUCAAGGAGAACAAAGAGGCCAGCAAGAAGAGGCCCAUGUCCAGCAUUGCCAAAGGGCCAACGGUCAAAUAUGCAGCCAGAGCCAAGCAACCAGAAAAGCUGGCCUUCAUCAGAAAGUGUGGUUGGGCUCAGUUUGUCACUGCUGCCUCCGACCUGUGUGCAUGCAUCGCCGACAAGAACGCCUCUGGGUUCACGGCCAUUCUGCACGAGCUGGCCACCUCGGAGAGACUGCUCCACUACCAGCUGACCACGACGCGCUCCACCAUCAUCAAGGCUCUCAGUGGGGCAGACAUCAACAAAGUACUUGAAGGGACCAUCUAUCAGCAGCCAUUCCGACAAAUUAUAGACCUCUUUUCGUUACUUGGCACAACUGUGGCCCACAAUUCCAUUGGCCUGACAGCAGCUGUCCAGCGAAGCCGCGACCUUACGGAAUUGGCCAUUCUGAAGGGUGGAAUGGAAUAUCGGGCAGUCUUUGAACAGUACGCCAUCUAUGUCUGCAACUUUGUUACCAUUGGCGGAUUCACUCACAUGGGGAAAGUUGGAAGUGAUGCACUCUCGAAGCACGAGGCCGUCUUCACGGAACUCUUGAACGAGGAGAAACCAGCCAGCUAUGGUGCGCCACUGCGGGGCGUAAUGAAGCUGCCCUUGGACAGAGUCAAAUCCUAUGCCUACCUCCUGGGGAAACUAAAGAAUUACUAUGCCCAGGGAAGCACAGAGUUCAGUCUCCUGAGUGAGAGCAGUAAAGCUUGGGAGACACUCCAACGUAACAUUGACGAGAAGAAAGCCCAUGCUGAGGAGACAAGGGCAUUCUGGGAAUCCUGCCCAUCCAAACUUGCCGAAGCUAUUAAGAAGCCCGACCGUCGCCUGCUCAGAGAUUCCCGUAGCAACCCUCUGACAUUGCAGAACUCUGGUAGAUUGUCCCAAAACUGGUUCCUGCUGUUUGCUGACAUCUUCAUCCAUGUGCAGACUGAGGGCAAGAGCGGAAAUACAGAAAAGUUUUCAACUCAUCAAGCCUAUCCACUUGCUCUGAUAUGGGCUGAACCCGGCCAGCAGGCUAAUCAAAACACCAUACAACUGACCAUGCCGGAAGCCUCCCUCACACUCCAAGCACCCUCCCCCGCCGAGAAGGCCGAGUGGCUGUGGUCCAUCAAUCAGGCCAUUGACACCGUGCUGACCAAUCAGAAGCCAGGAUCCGUCUCUCCUGCUGCCAUUACCGGGGGCCAGAAGAUCCCACCCAAGCUGACGCGGCAGGGGCGAUAUGUGUUCCAGGGACAGUCCAAGUUCAAAGACGCGGUGUACGAGGGAGUGUGGCACCUGGGCAAAACCCACGGAAAAGGCACUUUGCAGUGGCCCGAUGGACGGAAGUAUGCUGGUCAGUUUGUUCAAGGGCAACAACACGGGUACGGUGUGUAUACAAUCCCCAGUACUGAGAAAGGCGUAAGGGCGCAGGUGUAUGAGGGAGAGUGGCAGGAGAACUGCAUGAGUGGCUAUGGGAGCUUAAGAUAUUCCAAUGGGGACAUUUACCAAGGAGAUUUUAACGAUGGAAGGAGGCAUGGGCAUGGCAUUCUGCAUAGCAGCACUGGUAACCUGUACAUCGGUGAGUGGCAGAAUGACCGUCGCCACGGCUACGGAAUCGUGGAGGAAAGGCAGCGGGGAGAGAAGUACAUGGGCAAGUGGGAGAACGGCUGUCGGCACGGCAACGGGAUGGUCAUUACGCUGGAUGGAUUAUACUAUGAGGGCGUCUUUGCGCAAAACAAACUGACGGGCGUGGGUGUUUUACUGACUGAGGAUGGCACCAUUUAUGAAGGAGAGCUGACUACGGGACCUACACUCAGUGGCAAGGGAGUUCUGAUGUUACCGUCUGGAGACUUCAUUGACGGCAGCUUCAGCGGCCUAUGGGGCGACGGUGUCAAGGUUAACGGAACAUUCAGCAAAGCUGCAGAUUCUAUCCCUGACCACAGCAGACUGACCAAUGCAAUUGGUAAAUUCACUGUAGCAGCAGACGAAAAAUGGGAAGAUGUCUUCAACCAGGUUCGCUCAGUUCUGGGUUUGAUGGAGAGCAAGCGACCAGACUCCCAGAAAGCCUGGGCAGCCAUUGCUGUGGCGAUUUCAUCACGGACACAGCAAGAGAUGGAGAGGUUGCACAAGGACGAGCGGAGCAAGGUAGUCGAGGAACUGCAGAAGAUCCCCAGCAGUGGUCAGAGCAAAGGCAAGAUCACCGAGGAAGACUACAAGUCAAUCCAGGAAUACCUGGCCAAGGCCUUUGAUACCUCUCUUCACCCCUUGGGCAAACUCCUUGAGAAUCUGUGCAUAGCCUACCGGGAGACCUACAUUGGUCUGGGCGCCCAUCGCUGGCUACUGCCUUACGCUGUCGACGAGAUCAAAUCGUACGUCAAGAGGAUAUACCAACUAGUCCGGGUGCUCUUCAGUGACCUUCCCAACGAGCACCCGACAAAACCCGAAACCCCAGUUCACGAUCACCACACCUCCGACUUCCAUUAUUACUACGACUACAGCGACAGCCACGCACCACCAGCAGUUGAGGCACAGAUAGCCAAGUCGGCCAGCAAACCUAGGCAAGAGUCUACCGAUGACAUCACCUGUCACAUUACUAGUGAUGGUCUCCUCUACCCGAUAGUACUACCCCGCCUCUACCCAGCCCUGUUCACAUUGUAUGCACUGAAGAAUGAGGAAGAAGACCAACAGUACCAGGAGAGAUUGAAAAGGCUCAAUGAAAGGCCUGAUAUGGCACUCAUGGCAUACCUCAAAGUGGACCAAAAAUUCUGGCUAUUGGAAGAAGUUGUGAAGGACUCCUUGAAGAGAAUAUCAGAGAUCCGCGACGUCUCCUACAUCAGCGCCGUGGAGUGCCUGCAGAACAUGAGCACCACGUUCAGUCCACGCCAGAAGCUUCUGAUCAUCCAUACGGCAUGGGAGGCCAUCAAGGAAGCCAUUGAGGCCCACUGCUCGGACAACGUCACACUGGGUAUGGAUGAGCUGUUCCCUAUCUUCCAGUAUGUGGUCAUACGAGCAAGGAUUCCCCACCUGGGCUCAGAGAUCCAGCUCAUCAAUGACCUGAUGGAGGUCAAGGCUGACCCAGGUCAGUGGGGUCACAUGUUUACCACCUUGGAGGCCUGCUAUCUGCUGACCAGACAUGACAAGCUGCCGGAGGAUUGUCUAGACUAACCAGAGCCCAGAAUGAUCUCUUCUCCGUUUCUGUAUUCUACCUUCAAACAGAGUGCAGAGAAUACCUACAAGUCUUGUUUGUGGUGUGACGUGUAUGUGUACUUGAAUUGGGUAAUAAAUUACAUAAUCAAGACAGUUAUCUCAGAAUUGCAGAAACAAAAUCAUAAAAAUGAAUCAUUUCAUCAGUUGAUUCAUUCAUGUAAAUAGCAACGUGACAGCAAUUCUUUCAUUUUUGUCAUGAGACCAAGCAGAAAUGUGUUUGAGUUGGUACCCAAGCUAAAGUCUGUUGGUUGAAGGGACAUUCUCUGUUGCCGGUUGGUACCCUGCUCAUUAUCUCAUCGUAUCAAUUCGAGUGGAAUUUGGUUUGACAAGUUUAGUUUUGGACAAUCACUCAUUCAUUCAGCCUUUUAAGUCCGGGCAUUCAUUCAACUUUAAAAACUUAUUUGAGAAAGUUUCACUCAGCGCAGCCUAUACUUGACACAAACUUUGAAAUGAAAUAUUUACUUCAGAAUUUCCUAGUACUUCAGUGCUGUGUUAAUACAAGAGGCUCUCUGUAAGUCUGCGACACAGUUUACAUGUAUUGUUGAGGCAGUUUAAGCUCUCGAAAUUCAGAUCCCAGAAUUUUUUUCAUUAUCUCUCUGGGAAUUCACAUUUAUAGUGAGCAUUUAAAUGCCUGCAAGUAACUAAUGAAACCUUAACUAAACAGAAAUAAAGAGCUGUUAGUAUCUUGCGUGAGAAUUUUUUUUUUAAUGUUACUUUUAACUAUCAGUGCUUAAUCCUCAUUGAUACUCUGCAUUACUGGUCCUUGUAAUUGUAUAAAGUAACAAAAGUUUAGCAGCAGAAGAAUGCUGUAAUUGCCAAGAACCAGGAAUUUGUACUAUUCAAAGUCUAUGUAUUGCUCUUAAAUUGGUUUCCUUCCCCCCCCCCAUUAAAUAAAAAAAACAUGUUGUAGUUAAGAUUGAUACUUACUUAUUAAAUGCAUAGGUUAUCUAUUCAUUGUCAUUCAAAUAUGCUUGAAAAUGAUUGGGUAAUUUGUGUAUUGUACAACAGAAUUUCAAGUUUUUGGCAUGACUUGUGUACAGGUGUGAUGUUGGAUGUUUCAAUUAGUGUACAGGUGUGAUGUUGGAUGUUUCAAUUAGCGUACAGGUGUCUCGAGAUCAGAUAUUGUUGAUGUUUAUGAGUCUGCAUGUGAGGUAUAAGAUUAAAAGAGUGUUGACAUUUCUUUUCAUUGGCUGUGGAUAGUUUGGUUUCCCAGAAGGACUUGAAAAGACUGGGAGUGUGCCAAAAUUGGACAAAAUCUAUGAGGAAAAAAAUGUUUAAAAACCAGAAAGCCACAAAGUUUUCCGAAUCAAUGGACCUCUGUUCUGAUGAUUCCACACUUUGUUUACGCAUGUGGUUUCUUGUGCUCGGUGGACUAUGGGACCCCACCCAGUCUGUAGCAAAGUUCACAUGUAAAUAAAGUGGGACAUAGUCAGUACAUGGACUUACAAAACCCUGAACUAAGGGUAAGUUCUUGAUUGGUUCAGGACUGGAUAGCUCGGACAUUGUUUACUAAAGCUGAUGAUGUCCUUGUGAUCUUAAAGUGUAAAGCAGUGCCAUGGUGUGGUGCUGGAACUUUGUGGGUACAAAAAUGUACCUACCGGUUGGUUUCCAGGUAUUGAAGAAAAGUAUUGUCUGCGUUCUGUAUUUUCUAUGAAAGGGUAAACCACCACAUAUUUAAUGUGCACUUGUAUUAUAGCACGGCGUCAUCUCUGUUUUUUCACAUUUCCUCGGCUAAAGUAUUAAAUGCCAUCUAGUUUUUUUUUAUUGAUGUUCGCAACAAAUUUCAUUUUUAUUGAUGUUCGCAACAAAUUUCUAUGAUUUUAGUGCAGUGUAUAUAGCUGUGUUGUUUUCUUCAAAAAGAAUUGCUUUAUUUCCCAUUGUACAUAUUAUGCAUGAUGAAACAGAAAAGAUAUUUAUUUAUGAGAUCUGAAAUACGUAAGCGAUGAUUAUGUAUUAGCGCAGGUAUUGCUGUGAACUGACAUAAAUAGUUUGAUCAUCAUUCAUUUUGCUUAUGAAUCACUUUGGUGUUUUCUUGCACAAAUUUUAAUCUGUAGUUGGCCAGUUUCCUUUUCCCGAGAAUUAUUGCUUUCUCCUCUCAUUUGUGUAAAAGUUACACGCGCCAGCAAAAAAUCUGAGCUUAGUCAUGCUGUGCAAUGUUAGUUGGAUAGGACAUCGUUGUCAACAGUAACAGAAAAUGUGCAUUCCUCUCCUUGUAAGAAAAAUAUAUAUAAAAGGCUCUCCUUCAUGUGUUCAUGUAUCUGUUGCACAGAAAUAACCAUAAUACAUAAAUUGAAUUGAGUGAAAUAAUAUCACACGUUAUGCACACAACACCCAUUAAGGUGGUUGAUUACUUUUAUGUGCCUACUUACCUGAGGUGCAAUAAAUUUGACUUGUGAUGAUUGCAAAGUGUCUUAACCUGUAGUUGUAGACAGAAUGCCUGGAGAACAGUGUUUCCAGUUGUGACAAAUCUAAAAUGAUGUGCUUUGAAUGGUUACUGCCAGUAGUGAUGUGUAAUUACAUCCAGUAUCGGAUUUUAUGAUCGUGCAAUUUUUAUGGAGUUUGCAUAUUGUGAAAGUGUUUAGUGUGAGACAAAAGGCAUAUGCAUGUACAGAAGUGUAGAUCAUUCACGAGCGCGGGAUUGACAGAGACGGUCAGAUUUCUGGUGUGAAAUUUAGCAGGACAAGUUCCCUUAUGUGAAAUCUCUGGAGCAGCUGAGAAGUCAAACUGAAAAAGUGUCUCAGAUUGUACGUACAAGGACAAAAAAGUAUUUAUGGGUGGUUCAUGAAGUGAAAGAGUUGUAUUGCAUGCAAAAAGGGAACACACACAAAAUACGGUAGAACAAGGAGGAUGACUUGUGUGACUAUAUCUUAUUAAAACAUUCCUUACAGGGUGCCAGACUGUACAAAAGAAAGCUCAAUAAAGACCUGUAUGGUUGACCAAAAGGACAAAAAUGGCUUGGCAAGUCAUUUUUGUAUAAGCUGCUUUCAUGUGAACAACCUUAAUGUACUCAGAUUGAAAAAAAGGUAAGCUUAUUACCAUGUAGUAUUUGCUCUUUGAAUACUCAACUAAAAAGAGGGGGAAGAACACAGAAAGUCUGUCGUGUAUUUGUGCUAACCGGUGAAAAUGUACUGUGCAGAGUCAUGUGUGUAUUGCUUGGGGGCUUCAAAUUAUCCACCUAUUUGCCACGGCAGAGAAAAAAAAACAAAACAAAAGUACAGGAUAGGGUGUGUGGAAGACUCAUUAAAAAUGUCCAUGUGUAUUAAAAACAUCAGCGUAAUUUAACAAUUGUUGGAUGUUCAUGUAUUUCAUUAAUGUGUAAUGUAAACAGGCUGUGGAAGUGGACCUGAUGGCAAGUCGUUAAAAAGUCGUAUUUUGUCCGUCUAAAUCUAUUGGCGUGGCUCUACUAAAGAUGAGUAACUAGCCAAGUUUUGACUUCCGUUUAUCGUCUCCAAGUUGGGGACAAGGCAACCGGUAUUCCUGUGCAGAUAAUAUAACCCAAUUACUUUUAGCUACUUGCAGACUGUUACUUUUAGCGACUUGGCACCAAGUCUGCUAUGGAAGUCGUCGGCUAGUGGCUGUGACCACUUCCAUAGAUACAUGUGUAAUAGCCACAGCUAUGACUUCUGAAUGCAGCCGUUCCUUACCUAUUGAUGACAGAUCCUCUGUGUACCAAAGACUGUAACCUCGAUAAUAAAAUCCUGUCAACAAUUCA